AUGACGAACGAUGACAAAGAUCCGAUCGUCGUUUCGUUUGGCGAUGCUUGUCUGAGACAGGAGGAUUUGCAGGUAUGUAUGCGCGGCAGUUCUGACCAUGUCAUGGCUCAACAUCGCCUCGCUCAAGGGAAUUCACAGCCUUGAUGUGACGCUGACAUGUUCCAACUUGCAUUCCGAUGCGCUCUUAGACGCUCGAGCCGAACGAGUGGCUCAACGAUGGCGUGAUCUGGACAUUUGCAGAGUUACUUGCUGCUCGAUCAAAAGAUUCCAAAUCAUCUCAAUCACAGCCGACCAGCAACGAUCAAGCGAAGCAAGACGCAAAGCACUCGACUCCCAGUCUUCUUUGGCAACCUGCAGUGGUCGAGCUCAUGUGUUCCGUCACUGCUGAUCGUGAGAAUCGCUUUCGAGCUUUUCUUCAUGCGAGCAUGAGGGCUCGACUCUGACGUCGAACUGAUCCUGUCCGCGCAGUCGGAGCAGAAGAAGCCCGCGAUCUGCUCCCUCCAGCCGGACCUCUAGUAGUCCUACCAGGUAUGUUCCCGAUUCCUUCUUUCCGACCCUUUUUUCCUGCUGUACCGACUGACGCACCGUUCAACGCCGCAUUUUGCUGAGCCAGUGAGCGAUCGGUACAGUACGGAAGGCCUGGGAAUAGGCAGUCAUUGGUCUUGCAUCUUGGCAGUCGAGCAAGCCUUCAAAGGUCCUGGAUCAGGCUGGUUCGGCUUUCACCUCGAUUCCAUGCGUCCUUGCAACGACGAUGCCGCAAAGACUGUUUGGUGCGUGUUCUCCCUUCAGCUUCUUCUUGCCCCCCCUCGCAAGCUCCUAGCAUGCCAAGAUCCCUGGCGCUCAUCCAUCUCUGAACGCUCGCGAUCUCGUGCGAUCAACCUUGCGUGAACAAUGUCAACUCAGGUCCGCUUUCCUGCACACUAGAGGGAUCAAGUCAUCCGCGGUCAAGCGAUCGCUCUUUGAAGUGGAAGAGGUGUCUGCCCAAGCGAAUGGUGAGCAGCGCAUGCGCAUCGCCAGCUCAGCUGCUCUCGCCCCUCAAUGAACACUGCAACGCGCGUCCUUCUUUGCAGCGCACGAUUGCGGUCUCUACAUGCUGCUGCUAUCCGAUCUCAUCAUCUCGCAACAUCUAGACCCCAUCAUUUUUCGUCCCACAAGCAUGGCAGCGGCUCUUUCCAACGCCGGCAAAACACCUCCCGCGCUAUCCUCUCUAGCUUCGGAUCUGACACCCGCCAAAGCGGCCCAGCUCCGAAUAGACCUGCACGACUUUUUUUCAAAGUGGGCUCAACGCCAGCAGCUGGCAGAGGUGCCGCUUCGCAUGACUUUGUGGAAAGAGGUGCGAGAAAAUGUCGGCGGUGAGUUUUUGUGGUUGCCGUGAGCCCAUCCGAACCUUCAUUUUGAUUGGUCGCGCGAGGCACACGCCCGAGGCGCACACCGACGCGUUCCAGCUGACGAUGUGACCGCCACACAGACUAUCGAUCCCCCUGA